AUGUCUUACUUUGAUCAUCCCACUGAAAGGGGUACUACUGACCUCUUCAUGCGGCAACAAAUUGUGUAUUUGGCUGUGAAAGGGAUUAUGGGAAUCCCGACAAAAAAAAUUUCUGGUUGUCGGCUGCAAAGAUAUCAUCUCGUCUUUUUAUACGUAAAAUCGGAAAAAAAGCACGAUUAAUAAACAUGUAAAUAAAAACUAAGGAUGAAACGAGGGGAAAACAGUCCGAGCUAAUUUCCGGUAUCUUAUUCCAAACUAAAAAGGUUACUUUCGAUACCUGUACAUAUAUAUGUAUUCCAAUUAAACAAUUUUUUCCUUUUGCAGACACAACUCCUCCUUCUUUUAAUAAUACUUGUCCAGAGAACAUAGUGGUCUAUACUCCUGAAUGCUCAUCCAGUGCUUUGGUUGGAUGGAAUGAACCAACUGCUGAUGAUAAUUCCGGCCAUGUGAUUGUUAACCACCCUUCCAUUCGACCGUUAGCUCAAUUGAGCAUUGGAUUCUAUUUUAUAAUGUAUUCAGCUUCAGACGCCGACGGAAACAGAGCUAACUGCACUUUCAUGGUGCAAGUUGCAAGUACGUCAUCGAAAUAAUAGUGACAUUGACUAUGUAUUUGAAAAACGUUGCUUGUUUUCUAUCACUUUUGACAAAUGUUUAUAUAUUGCUCGUAUACAAUUCUAUAGAUGUCUAUGUUUUGUUGUACCUAUCUUCUAAACUAUUGCAAGCAAAACUGUUUCCAGGUAGAUCCAUAGUUUCUCUCUUGAAAAUACAAUAAUAUUACAAUAAUACUGAGUACAAGUGAAUUAUAUUACUUGAAACUGUGUCAGCUCAACAUAAUAAAACUUUAUUUUCACAGGAAAAUCCUGCAUUACGCUGCAGCCACCAUCACAUGGAAGUUUGAACCUUUCCUGUGGCUUUUCAUUUGGUUCCCAAGCUAAUUUUACUUGUGACAGGGGGUAUCAGUUAAUCGGGUCUCGAGAGCGUUUUUGCAAAGAAGACGGCUCUUGGUCAGGAAACACCACUACAUGUAAUGGUAAGUAUAUGUUACUUUGCGUGUAAGGUUGCGUUUAGUGUCCAGUCUUUCGUCUUUAGGUUUUUUCCCAGUGCAGGAAUUGGUUAUACAACUCAAACAGUCUUAGCCAUUUCACAGUUAAGUGACAACCCAUGACUAACAAAUAUUAUCUUUUCAAGCCUCCUGAAAAUAGUUAGAUUUGUUAAUGUAAAUUGGAGAGGUUUCAAAGACAUGGUUUAAAUUGAGGAUUCUUGAUAGCUUCAUAAAAGUCAGGAACUUAAUCACAUGAUUUCUUUUAUCUUAAGUUGUGAGGUGCCAAGCCAUUGAGCCUCCAUCUCAUGGAGCUGUUUCUCCAAAUUCGUGCAGAUCAGCUUCUGGUGUUUAUUAUAAGAAACAGUGCUUUUUAUCGUGCAACGCUAAUACCCCUGGUUACGUACUGGAAGGCGAAAGUAGCGUCUCCUGCCUGGAAAGUGGAUCGUGGAGUGCAGAUACAACAAAGACGAUUUGCAAGGGUACCAAACAGAAGCACAUAUAUUUUUGUAAUUCUUACAAAAUGACACAUCCUCAGUCAGAUAAGCAUUAAAAGAUUGAGAGCUCGAGUAGGCGUUAAUAAUUUGUUUAUCACUAUAGCUUACUUUAUUUAUUCCUAAAUAUAUAUAUACUUUUUUUUUUAUAAUACCAUAGACGUCCUACCUCCUAGCAUUCAAUGCCCACCUAACCAAGAACUAUCCACAGAAACUGGUCAAUCGUACGCAAUAGUGACGUGGGAGGUACCAGUCCCUUCCGACAAUUCCAACAUGUCACUAAGUCUGAAAGGUUUGCGCCCACCUCAGCAGUUCUAUGUUGGUAGACAUUAUGUUAGAUAUGAAGUCACAGACACCGCUGAGUUGUCAACAAGCUGUACAUUUUCUAUUAACGUUAAAGGUGCUUAUUUUCUUCUUUGUUUUGAGCUACACUUCAAUAGAUGUUCGAUAGCAUCAUAUCAUUUGUGACUUGAAUAUAUUGAGGGUCUCAAUGGGUUAACCUCUAGGCGUAAGAAGUGACACAUUUUAACCCUUCGUCGUCAACCGAAAGAUGACCAGAAUUUAACCUUUAGCUGUAAAAGCAAUCGCCCUAUUGAGACCCUCCAGUAAGUUUUGGGAGAUGGAAGCCCACUUUCGCAGCCAAUACUGCUUUUUAAAAGGAAUAAAGGCUGACUGCAGCGAAAAACCAAAGUCAGAACUACUAGACUGUACAUGCAUAAGUAUUUCAAGUUAAGCAAGGCGAAAUUAAUUAAAUACAAAACAUGUUAGAAGAAAAUCUUUGAUUCUACGUCAUCUUUGUAUUACCAGUAAUUUCACUCGUUCGAAAAUCGCAUUAUACUUUUAUUGAGCUUUUUUUAAUAAAGACACUUAAGUUCUAACUGUAAAAUUCUUUGGACGUAAUAAAAGAAAUAAAAAUCUUCAUACAUGUUAUUCAAAUGAUUAUGUAAUAAAACCAAUAAUUUUAGCUUUGGCUUCACUGGAAGAGCUUUUAUCAGCAUUCCAGCAACUUGCAUGUCAUACCUUAAAUUUUGAAAAGGAUUGAUUCAAUUAGUUAUCUAGUUAUUAACUUCGUUUUUCUACCUGUUUCGCAAUGUAUUAAUUAUUUUUUUCUAUUAUCCAUGCAAAAAAAAGAUGUAGAACCUCCGGUCAUUGUUUCUUGCCCCGACGAUAUCUUCAUUUCGUCUGGAAAGAGGGAUAAUACGAUCUUUUUUCCUGGAGUCACAGCAACGGAUAAUGUGGGAGUGUUCUCCAUUUCACUUAGCAGACCGAAUGGAAGCGAAUUCACUUGGGGCGAGCACAAUGUAACCUGUAUUGUAACAGAUAAAGCAGGAAAUGUUGCCGAAUGCAAUUUCAAAGUUAUUAUUACCGGUAAGUACAUGCAUAUUGAUAGAAUAAAAGAGAUGGUGAAUUCUACGCCCCAUGAGAAAAAUAUAUUUUGUGCAGCCUUUUCAUGUCAAUUGGUUAAUAGAUAAGCCCGAUUGAAAAAAAAAGAUAGAGAUUCUUUAUAUGGGCUUACCGAUUUUAAUUGAGGCAAUUAGAAUGCUAAAAAUAUUUUGGUAUAGUUAUGCUAAUAAUUUUAUACACGAGGAGUUAGAAUCAAACGUGUUCUGACAGUCGAAGAUUCUAUCUUGGAUCAUUUUUGCAUGAUUUCACGCCCAUUCUACUGAUACAUUGGGUGCAUGGUUUCUAAAAGCCGCAGAAAAACUGCUAGUACUACAUUAUUGGUAACGAUGUGAGCAAUAUUCUCAUACAGCAUUUUUCAUUGACGUUUGUAGAACCAAAGUAAUUAGAGUAGCUAACGAGAAAAAAAUGUGCGUGUAUCAAUGUUGUCAGUGAGAACUUGAAACAUUGAAAAGAUGUAAACUAUCUAAUGCGAGGGAGACUGGAGAGGCCUGUUCUGUGAUGGUUCCGUAUUUAGGUUUACCAUUUUCUUCUCCCCGUAAUCCAUGAUAACUUUUAACUACGGAAUUAAAAAUUGCUUUGAGCCUGUUCCUCGACCUCAUAGAGCCGUAAUGAGUGUUUGUCUACAUAUCUAUGUACAAGGCAUACAGAAAAAUUGAACUGAAAUAGCUCUAAAUAAAUAUGAUGCUUUACUGAGGUGUGAAAGUGUUAAUCCGUUGUUUCUUUUCACAAGAUAAAUCAUGCCCUGAUCUACCACCACCUGAGAACGGCGCUAAGGCUUGUGAGAUGUGGCUGACCGGGGUGUUCUGUACCGUGCAUUGCAAUGAAGGUUACGGGUUCGUUGAACAACCGGAAGACGUGUACUUCUGUACUCCGGGAGGAACGUGGAUGAACGCAUUUGUAAAUGGCCAAAAAGCACCUGCUUUUCCAGACUGCUCAAGUAAGAACUAACUUUGUCAUGAUUCUUGUUUGUAUGAAUACUUGUAUCUGUAGAACAGGUUAACUAAAAAAACAUGAUGUCAUGCAUAAUGCGGACUUCUCCGUGAACAGGCUCGUGGAGUUGAAUCGCAACUCAGCGAGGUAACCGUAUUUUAGAGAGAGGUGAUAUAAUCUGACUUCUCAGAUAUAAUCAUCUGCCCGUAGCGAUGAAUCAAAGGAAAAGUAUAAUUGUUUUUGUUUGGCUCUUUUUUAUGUUUUGUUCCCUUUUUUGUUCCUUUUUUUGUCGGUGCUUUGUUUUAUUGUUAAUUUAAUGUUUCGCGUUCGUCUCCUUUUUUGGUUGUUUUUUUUGGUUUUUUUUCAGUCUAGUAUAAGGCAAAAAUCGGCCGAAACCAGCCAAUGAGGUUUUCUUGUCAGAGGUGUUUGCUUAAUCUGUAUUAACUGUUAGUGAUACUAGCAGUAAAUCUGAGUAUUAACUGUUGUUUCAGAGACGUAUAUGCCGAAAGAUGCCAUAGUGAAUGGAGACCUCUAUUACCUAGUUGAUGCGUGUGGCGACGAAGCAGUGAGCGAAGUUAUCGCCAGCAACUUCAUACAACUGUUACAGAACUCAGUUUUUGGUAGCGCUGGAGCCUGUAAUAGUCAGUGCACAAUCGAUAAUGUCGAGGUAAAAUGUGGAGAAACAGGGACACGCAGGAGAAGAACGCCCAGUGUUCCUCUUACGAUGCGUUUUGCUUUAAAAGUUCCUCUACCAGUCAACGCUUCCUUGGUUGACCUGAAUGAAACCGCAGAACUACUAUCCAAUGACUUAUUAUCAACAUUAAACGAAACUGACCUGAAUCUGAACAUCAGUGGAAUUGUUAUAAAGUAUGACACUUCGAGAGCACCACAGCUUCGCCUUGUGAGUCUCGUUUGUGGCAAAGGACAAGUUCAAAGAGGGACGCAUUGCGGUAAGAAGUUAGUUUCUAAUGCUAACUAACACAUCUUUGAGCGAAGAGUUCUAAAACUCACUGUAUAACAGCUACAUCACUCGUAUAAGAAGUUCAUUUUGAUUUUCGCUGAUAGAAAAAUCAUCUUGGGUUGUGCAUGGUGGGGCAGUGGACUAGAGUUUAUUGGAAAUGGGGGUUAUUUUAAGCUGAGGAUUAAUGGAGAUUGAACAUAUCUAUUCUUUUUGUGGCAUUUACAGUGAGAUGAGAAUAUCACACUGUAUGACUCUUAUAGGAUUUCUUAAAAGGAAUUAAUCAUUGGCCGUUUUCUUAUGCAAUUUUUUUUUUCGGAUUUUAGUUAACUGUCCACUUGGCUUUUAUUUUACCGAAAACGAUUGUCGAGCAUGCCCAGAAGACCAAUACCAGGACCAAGAAGCGCAGAGCUCUUGUAUAUUGUGUCCAUCUGGGACGGUAACCUUUGGAAAAACAGGAUCAAAAUGGCGAAAAAGUUGCCAAGGUAACAGCUGUUUUCUAAAAGAUGUACAAACAAUUUUAUUACCUUUCUCAUCUUGUGCUUGUUUUUGCAUAUCUGUUCGUUUUUUUUGGUUCUUUUUGUUUUUGUUUUUACUUGCUCUUUCAUUUCACCAGAAGCUCCGUAGUCUGAUUCUUUGCGAUCUUCAUUUCUUUCCCCUAGAAAUUCCAAGUAUGUCCAGUGAUGAAGAACAAAGCGGCUUAAAGCCAGUAACUCUUUAUUCAAGUAUUGCAGCAGGAUCUGUACUGUUUAUUAUUUCCCUGAUUAUCAUCGCCAUCUUCUGCGGAAAGAAACAUCGUCGGUGAGUUUUUUUUCGCUAUGUCCGAAUAGUUACAGUCGGGUUACCUUGACAAGGAUUAGGUAUCCGACAAACAUUCUCCAAUACGAGAUCUUGGUGAUUUAUCUUCUUAAAGGAGGAUUUAUUUAACCCAUAGCGCACAGAAAGCCUUAAACAAGUUAUGAAAUUAGCCUUUCUGAUCCUGAUACAGUGUAACAAAAAUGAAUUAUCAAAAGAAAAGAAACUGUAAAAUUUGAGGAAGAAGACUAAGAGGUAGAAAGGUAUACAGAUAAAUUUCGCAAUCACACUUAAAAUAGUUUCUUUAACAAGUUAACCUCCCUUACUUAUUGUUACCACAAAGCUCUUCUGAGUGCAUUUCACCGCACAGUUUUUAAUAUCAAACCUGUUCUAUAUUGUUUUCUGAAAGUGGAGAUAUCGAACUCGCCUUGUAACUUUCACAUAAACGUUGCUCGCAAAAGGGGCUAUUGGCGAUGACGAUAUUUAGGUAGACUCGAUUUCCACCGUUUCCUUGAGUCUAUUCUUCGCCUGGUUCGUGUCCCGGUAACCCUGGCUUCUCCUUAUUGUUUUGGGUUCGAUCCACAAAUGUUUAACAGCUGAAAUCCGUACUUCGCUUCAGAUGACAUACCUUUUUCGCUAUUGGCUACUUCUCAACCGGUCCCAUUCUCCCCCCUCCCCCCCUACUGAAAUAACCAAACUGCUGAAGAGACCGCUGCUUUGACUCGGGAGGGGUGGGUGGGGCGGGUCUUGACCCAUCUGACUCUCCUGUCCGCCUUUGCCAUUAGGUGAGUCGACACUACGCUUUUCGUCCUAUAUCCUAUCUUUAAAUCGUAAAACAAAAGUAAUUAUAGCGAUCACAAUAGAAAUUAAACAACAUCCACUGAAAAAAUAUUUGAUAUGAUUAGUUACUUACUGUUGGUACCCGAAGACAACUUUUCACCAUGUUUAUUUUGUUUUGUCUCACAGUGGCGUGCGCAGGACAGCCGCCAACCGGGGUAUAGACAUGGGGCAUCGUAAUCCCGUAUACGAAUUUGCCGGAGAUGACCCUCAAGUCGAUGAUCCUGUCUAUAUGGAGAUCGAUGUUUCUAAACUACGUACCAGCAAUGAUUUGCCGUUAGACAACAAUACGGACUACUUCGCUUUAAAAGACGUACAUCAAAACGAUUACGAAAGACUUGAAUUCACUUACUCCGAGGCAUGAAAGAUCCGGAUAAGAUUAGUGUUCUAGAGCAUAUCGCCUUAAUAAGAAGAGAUGCUAUCCUUAGAGACACUAAUUGGUGUCAUUUGAGAAUAAUUAUGCACACCUAUUCCUGUAGUGAAGUGCUUUGGAGACACUCAAAGUAACAUGUGAUUUUAAGACACGUUAGUUUUCUCAGUAAGUAGCGAUAGAAAAUUUAAGCGGAAGCUAACAUUUCUUUAAAAAAAACUUUGGUCGCUUUUUCCUACCACUUUUGUUCCAAAAAAAGAAAAGAAUGCAAUCAGCGUAAUAUUCUAAAGCUGAAAAUAAAAGAACUGUACGAUACACCGAUAGUAGUGAAACUCCAGCCAUUUUUAGAAACAUAUUUUAUCAAGACUGCAAAAGAUCGGUUGUAAGGUGAAACGUAACAGAAUGGCAAGAGUUUAAAAAGGGUAGUCAAUUUACUCGGUGGAACUCAAGCUGGCUAAAGCCGUCAUUAACAAGUUGGUCUAUAUAUUUCUAGUUUAGGUGCAACUAGGCAUAGUUAUAACCUUCAUCUGACACUUGCUCCUAAAAUCAAUGGAGCAUAUAAGAAGUAGCUGCAAAAAAGGAAAGAUGCAAAGGUAAAAAGAAGAGAUCGGACGUUUUGUGCUAGUACCUUUUUUUAUUAUUGUCUUUUUUUUUCAUUAAAUAUGAUUUGAAAACCUUUUUCCAAAAUAGGAGAAAUUUAAGAGUUAGGUUUUCUUCAAUCUACACAUUAAUUUGUUUACGACCUUACCUCUGAUGUUAAUAACUUGUUAUAUCUUGAUAUCAAGUGUGAGUAAGGUAUAAUAAAUUUCUCUGGGUUUUUCUCUCGAAGGUGUCCAUUUCAUGAUUAAGCAGGAAUCUGAAGCUAUACUAUGUAAACGUCACUUUUUAAUUCGUCAAGGAUAUGAGUUUGAACGUAUUCUUCAUUUAAAAAUAAUAAAACUUCAGUGAUUUCGAAACUUUUUGCGUUAUUACUCUGUUGUAUGAUUCGUGAUGGGGCCUUUAGUCUUAAGAAGUUAAAGCUCUGCUUUACUAUCGCUCUUAGCCAAUCAUAAAGCGCG